CGGCCAUGGCGAAGCCGUCGGCAUGCCACGACCCAUGGGCACGUGGUUUAACCGCGGCACCGCCUGCCCGAUCUGCAGCCAUGUGUGCUGCGCACCGUGUUUGGACUUUGCCUUGUACACGGAUCCGAAGACAAUCACGUCCAUGUGCAAAGCAUGCUACACGUCCAAAUGUGUGAUCGACUUGACUCAGCACGUCGAGAUCAUGGGUCCGUCUAUUGAAGAAAGUGCCGCUCCUGCGGUGGUGUUUGUCCAUGGAGGCGGCGGGUGUCGAACCAUGUUCAAGCCGCACGCACAAUCGCUCGCGGCUGUCAACGUGCGGUGCGUGUUGCUCGACUUGCCUGGCCACGGAAGUCGCAUGGACGAGCCCUUGACGCUGGAAUCGGCAAUCGCAGUCAUCUUGGACGCUGCAGCUCUUGCGGGCACGUGGCGUGGCAACGUUGCCCCCAUUUACGUUGGUGGCUCACUCGGUGGUUACAUUGGCAUGGAGGUAUUGGGUCAACAUCCAGACGUGUUCUCCAAGGCAGCGAUCCUCAUGUGCGGCCAAAACGUCGGCGUCAACCGUGGAUGGGCGGCAUCGCUGGGUUUGGUCAUGCUCGACUGGAUCUCGUCCUCUUUCAGCGCGACCAAGCUGCUCAAGCUCAUGGUGGACCAAGUGCACGCGAACGGCCACUUGGACAGCGACGUGGUCGAGAAGGACAUCAAGCAGUGCGGGUUCUUCUUUCAUCAAGCCAAAGCCCAGAUUGCGAUCCUGAAAGCGUCCAAUCCGGCAGACGCGUUGAAAAAGUACCGUGGCCCGGUGUUGUUUAUCAACGGGUCCAAAGACCACCACGACUCGGACACGAUCUGGCUCGCGGCGGCGACUGGUCCUGGCUCCAAAUUGACCGUGUACGACGGCGGGGACCACUUUUUCUCGCACGACACGCGAUUCAUGCCGCGCUUCCUCGACGACCUCCAUGCGUUUGUGCUCCCCGCCGCCCCAUGAUUGCAUGUCGAUUGAACCCUUGCCUGUUGAACCAAGGGGUUUUCUCUCUUUCUGUUCUGGUCCCGUUUCCACGAAGGGAUAGAGCCAAUCGUCCAUGCAAACAGGAGAGGGUAAAACUACGAUCUUGAUUGAGGCUGCAUCUCGC